AUGCUGGACAAGAGCGCCACGAAGGACAGCUCCCGCAGCGACAUGUCGGCGCCCAGUAUGCUCAGCUCCAUCUCGGGCUUCUCGAGUGGAUCGUCGUCGCUGUGGUAUGGCAGCAGCACUGCUGACGUCCCAAGCUCCCGCUCGGCGCCUCUGUACUCCGUGACACGCGGCACCAACUUCACGUCCACAAUAGACGGCCACAGCUGUGGUGACAACGGCAUGGAAAGUCACUUUGCGUCGUCGGUACCAGUUGCAGAAGAGAAGGCGUCCGAGCCGCGGGACUCGACGUUUCGCCCUUUCCACACGCCUGCGAAGGACCCGAACAUGCCGUUUUCCGACAUGGUACUCACAGCGUCGCCACUCGCGAGGCACGCGUCGACGCGCAAGAUGAUGCUCAUUGUCCUGUCCAUUAUCGGGGGCACCCUCGUCGGUGGACUGCUCAAGCACGUGGCGAUUCACAAGACCACGGCCGAGUGGAUCAUGACGCCUGGGCACCUUUUCACGCGGGCCGUGCAGUGCAUUGUCGUGCCCAUGGUGUUUGUCAACCUCGUUGUUGCAACUGCUGACAUUGUGCACAAGCGACUGGGCAAGUACCUGGCCGGUCGACUGGCUUUUGCGCUGCUGAUUUCCAUGAUCAUAGCGAUCGGGCUCGGGCUUGCAACUGCUGUUGCCAUGCACUCGGUCUUUUGUUCGUACCGGAAGGACGAGUCGAAUGUCAGCACGGACGCUAUCUUUGGUAUCCAGUGUGGUAAUGGCAGGUACCUCGAAGCAGGCGAGGACGGCGUCGUGACGUGCUCGGCGACGAAACUCUCGGCCGCGUCGCGGUUUGCUCUGGACGAUGUCAAUGGCGCGUUAGUGCGGAACGAAGCACUAACGGGAACGAACACGACGCUGUCAAACAAUGUGCUGAACAUCAUCAGUCAGGCUGUGCCGGCGAACAUUGUGGCCGCGUUUGUUUCCAGCAUGUUGCUGAGCAUCGCUGCCUUUUCACUGCCACUUGGUGCAAUGCUGGCCUGCAGUUUCGACGGACCUGCGAGUCUGAAUCCGCUGCUGGAGUUUUUCCGUGAAGUGAACGAGACGCUCGUGCAUAUGGCGCACUAUAUCCUCCGCUUCACACCCCUUGCCGUCUUGAGUUUGCUUGCUGGCUCGCUAGCUACUACACUGGAAGACUCGGUCGCAGACCAGCCUCUGAAGUUGGUGCUGAUCGUGGUGACUACUCUGGUUGUGACUGUGCUCGUCCAUAUGCUCGUGAUAGUGCCUGCAUUUUUCCUGCUGGUUACGCGCCGGAACCCGUUCUCCUUCAUGCUCCAGAUGCUGCCUGUGUAUGUGUACAGCGUGGGCUGUUCGUCGUCGAUGGCGACAAUGCCGCUGAGUCUCCAGUGUUUCGAAGCGUCUCGUGACACCGCAAGCCCGAUCAUGCACUUUGUCUUGUCCGUGGGCACAUCGCUCCACAUGCCUGGGACAUGCAUCUACCUGGCUGUGGUGGUGCACUUUAUGGCGGAUGUCGCGGGUAUUGCUCACGCGCAGUCCGUUUCGACGAUGUUGGUGACAUUUCUCGGCGUCUUGUUGUGCACUAUCACGGCCCCGCCGGUUCCGUCUGGAGCCUUGACUGUACUCACCGCCGCGUGGAAUAUUGUUUUCCCAGAGUACGCGAUUCCGGAUAGUCUGUAUGCACUCGUCUUGGCUUCAGACGUCUUCCUGGAUCGCUUUGUGACGCUCUGCAAUGUAAACGCACAGGCCAUGUUGUGCCACAUCUUAGCUGACCAGUUUGAUGCCGAAGACUUGGAAACCGUACCACACGCACAUACUCAGCAACAGGCUGCGCGAUGA